AUGGCUACAGUAGACGCUGAUGGAAAGUUUAUCACCAUUGAUGUCGGCGAAUACGGUCGUAACAGUGACGGAAGAGUUUUUAAAGAAUGUGCAUUUGGACAGUUAUUAAUGCAAAAAAAACUCAACCUACCCGAAAAUGCGUGUUUACCACAUGAAGAAAACGAUCCUGCGUUUCCCUAUUACUUUGUUGCAGAUGAAGCCUUUCCCCUACUCGAUAAUGUUAUGAGAUCUUAUCCCAAAUGUUCAUUGACAAAUACGAAGAGAAUUUUCAAUUACAGAUUAUCCAGAGGUCGUAAGUCAGUUAAAUGUGCUUUUGGAAUGAUGGCAUCAAAAUUUAAAAUAUUGGAAAUUUUAACAUCACUAGAAAUUCAGCAAGAGAAUAUCGAUAUAGAUGAAGAAGAAAUUGAGAAAAAUAUAGAAAACAAUAGAACGAGACCUUCUUACUCAGCGAUGGAAAUAAGGAAAAGACUUUGUCAGUAUUUUGUGAAACCAUAUGCAGCAUUACCAUGGCAAAAUAAGUAUACAGUUUAA